GCAGAUGACCCGGCGCUGCAGCCAGGAGCACAACAGUCCUCUCUAACAAAUGAAAGGAUGGGGGGCAUCAGCAGCAGCAGCAGCUGAACUCAGAGAACCUGGAUCAGGGGCCGAGGGGAGAGAACCGCUUCCUGCUCACUCUUGGGACACUUCUGUUGGAUUUAUUCCCCGGUCCACACCAACAUGCCAUUUGCCAAACGAGUCGUGGAACCUCAGUUACUGUGCAGGCAUCAAAUCCCAAACGAGGACGCUGUGCUUUUCGAGGAUCUGGUCUCCAUCAGUAAUGUGGCUCUGUCCCGGACCCUGCGGCAGCUGUCGGACCUGGCCAAACAUGCCUGUUCCAUAUUCCAGGAGCUGGAGACGGAGCUCACCUCCACCAACCUGCGGGUCCGAGGGCUGCAGAGCAAGAUCAGCCAACUCCAGCAGGGCUGCUCCGAGCUGGACCCCAAACAGGAGGCAGUGCCGGUGUCCAACCUGGAUGUGGAGAGUAAGCUGACAGCACAUUACCAAGCUCCCUGGCACCAGCAGAGGAACGUUUUCCACCCCUCCACACGGCCAGCAUGUGUUGUAGACCUCCACAGGCAAGCCAACCUCAGCCUGUGGGCCGCGCACCGAGAUCACCAGAGGAGACGAUCCGGCAGCAGGGAGCGGAGAGUAACCAUCUUGAUCUCUGCGAUGCCCCCCAUGCCCAUGUACCCCUCCCCACACAUCGUCCAAAGGAACGACAAGAGAGGCCAAAGUUUGACAACGUUUGAAUCCACCCGCUCCUCCUCCCCUACCGAAUGCUGCCGCUUCUCUCCCUGGAGCAGAAAGGCUGCGCCCUCUGACCCCGACACUGACGGGGUGGCUUUAGGUCACCGGCCUAAGUUUCCCAUCCCUAACAUCCCCUCCACCCUGGACAAGCAGACUAACUGGUCUAAAGCCCUGCCGCUGCCCACCCCAGAGGAAAGAAUGAAAACCAAUUCACAAGUCAUCACCUCAUGCGUCAUCCCCAUUAAUGUGACUGGCGUUGGCUUUGACAGAGAUGCUAGUGUGCGCUGCUCGCUCGUUCACUCGCAGUCUGUGCUUCAGAGGAGGAGGAAGCUGAGGAGACGGAGGACUGUCGCCGGCGUUCCCCGACAGGUGCAGCAAGAUUUAGACUCUGAUGACUCUCCUGGUUCCAGAGAGCGGACUGUGAUAGUUCAUGCCAGUCCCAACAUCACUCCCUCCAACGAGGAGCUGGCCAGCCAUCUCAGCACCAGAGACUCAGGUUGCCAGACAGAAGACUUUUUGAUCUCAGGAGCGCCGUCUCGGAGGAGGAUCAGGGCCCAGAGAGGCCAGGGAGUCUCCCUCUCCCUCUCCCACUCUGCAGGCAACAUCUUGUGCCUGCCAGACAGCGCUGACGCCAUGUUCUCCGCCUCUGUGGGUGCACGCCUGCGCUCCCGGAGUCUGCCCAGAGACGGGAGCCGGAUGAUAGACAACGGGCAUCACGACAGCGACGACGAUGAGGAGGAGCUCUCCCCCUUUAAUGCUGAGGACUUCCUGCCGGGACCUGGAGAGUUGAUUCUGAAGGAUGAAGAAGAGAGCACGGAUGAUCAGGCCAUGUCUGAGCGCCAGCUGGGCCUCAAGUACACGCAGCUGUCAGAGAGUCCGGAGCGCAGCUGGAUGGAGAGGACCAGAUCCCAACUGCCCAGGAAGGCCGACAUGGGCAGCUGUGAGAUCUCAUCCAGCUCGGACACCUUCAGUAGCCCCGUCCAUUCUGUCUCAGCUGCGGGGGUGCUGGGAGGACAAAUGGACCAUAAGGAGGACCACCAGUCCUCGAGUGGGAACUGGAGCGGGAGCAGCUCCACCUGCCCCUCACAGACCUCAGAGACAAUCCCCCCAGCAGCCUCUCCACCUCUGACGGGCUCCUCACACUGUGACUCUGAGCUCUCCCUCAACGCCGCCACUCACGCCAACGAUGACCAGACUAGCUUCAUGCUGGACCACUACCAGGGUCUCAGGACCCAGCGGGCGGGCUCCUUCUCCUCCACAGCUAUGGACAUAUUAGAGGAAGCAGGGUCCAGCACUCCCAUCGAGGGGGAGUGGAGUUACCCCCACUCUGACCCUGCACGCUCACAGGACUUCAGCCCUGAGCCGAGCAGAGAGGCUGAGAGCAGCCUGGGCUGCCCCAGCUUCACCAGCAUGGCCACCUGCGAGAGCAGCUACUCUGACAAACCUCCGUCAGAGAAAGCCGACACCGUCUCACACUACUCCGUAGACACUGAAGGCUACUACACCUCAAUGCACUUUGACUGUGGUAUAAAAGGUAGCAAAAGCUUCACUUAUAACUAUGCAGCCUCGGGCUCUGAUUGCGGCCUGUCUGACUCAAGUGGUCACAUGACUCUGGGGAGGCGCUGCCUCUCUUUAAGAAAACCAAAGGCGAAGCCGUGUCCGCCUAGGAGGAGUUCAUCCUUAAGAAAAAUAUGCAGUGAGGGAAACAUCCCUGACAAUAAAGAACCAAAGAUUUCGUGCGGGCAGCAACUUCCACUGUCUUCCAAGGAUAGGAAACUGCAGCUGGUUUUAUCCAGCACUCAAAGUCAUAUAGAAAACUCUUCACUAGUCAGAGAGCCCCUUGUGGUGUGGGGGGAGUCAGCUGAUCUACCUGACUUAGGCGUGUUUAGCUCCACAGAUGCACAUUCGUUUAAGGAUGAGGGGGUUGUACAGUCAGACUAUGCAGAUCUGUGGCUCCUGAACGAUUUAAAAUCCAGUGACCCAUACCGAUCUUUGUCGAACUCUAGCACAGCAACAGGUACAACUGUCAUUGAAUGCAUCAAGUCACAGGAAAGCUCCGAGUCUCAGACGUCCCAGUCCGACUCCAGAGCCACCACCCCCUCACUUCCAUCAGUGGAGGGAGAGUUCAAGCUCAAGUCUCCAGAGAAGCUGGCAGGCCUGGCCAGCCCAUCCAGCGGCUACUCCAGUCAGUCAGAAACCCCCACCUCCUCCUUCCCCUCCGCCUUCUUUCCUGGACCACUGUCACCAUCCAGCGGCAAGAGGAAGCCCAAAGUCCCUGAGAGGAAGUCCUCUCUUUCGUCGCUGUCGCUGCAGUCGCUGUCCUCCUCCUCGAAGAGAGACCUGGAGCUGCCAGUAAUCCCUCCAACCCACCUCGACUUAAGUGCCCUUCACAGUGUCAGCAGCAACAAGGCUUCAGCGUACAGGACGCAGAUUCAGAUGCUUCACCAAAACAAACAAAAAGCUGCAGUGACAGCCAAACCUGUCGCUGUUCCUAACUCAGAGGUGUUUAACGCCCACCCCAUGUCCAUCACACCCUCAGUGCUGCACUCAGUACAGCUCCGAUCCAUCAAUAAGGAACAUGAAGGAAGCCACGAGGACAAAACAACUUCCAGACUCAAAUGUCCCACUGUGAACUUAACUAGCACUGUUUCCUGUAGUAAAUCUGUAGAGCUCAAGAGUCCCCUGUUACACAACUCACAUCACACGCCCACCAAGGGGUCGUAUGAGUCCGUGUUUACCUCAAACGAAGAGCUCACAGACGGAGAAGCAGCAUGUCAGAACGAGAUGAGGAACAAGCAGGCUCCUUUAGAGAGCAUGACGGCAUUCACACUGCAGUCAGAGCCAUCGUUAGACGUCCCUGAGAGGACCGCAGGUCAUGAAGGAGAGGCAUGCAGAGAGGUAGUAGAAACAGCUGUCUGCAGCUCGCAGUCGGAGCCUUUAGAUCAGCAGAGAACUGAGCCGUCUGAAGAAGAAGCACCAGGUCUCUCUGUUCAGCAAAGUUCACCACAGAGAUCCAACGGUCUUGAUAAAGUGCCUGCUACUGACGGCCAAUCAGAGGCGUUGCAAGAGAGCUCGAUCAGUGAUGACGGGAGCAGAGAUGUGGAACAUGAGUCGUCAGGUGCUUCAGCCGAGAGUGCCUCCCAGGACGGCAAGGACGAGUCCACAGCAGAGACAGAGGAUUACUUCAGUAAAGCAGACUCUUCACCCAGUGACAACACAGUGUCCCCUCUGAGUGAUGAGUCAAGGCCAGACGAUGACAGCGUAUUUCUGUCCCCCACCAAGGCUCGGACCACUGAGGAUCUGUUUGCUAUGAUUCACAGGUCCAAAAGGAAAGUGUUGGGCAGGAAGGAUUCCACUGAGCUGAAUGUGAGGAACCGGCUCAGUACUGCGUCGGGGAACACGCCACCCAGCAGCACCGUGAGCUCCCCCGUCUCACUGGUGUCCCCCUCCUCUGCUGUCACCCCACCAGGCCUGCACAGAGUCUCCGGUCCCAUCUACAGGAAUGCAAAGAAGUCCAGCACCUCCAACGAGGAAUUCAAACUCCUGUUGCUCAAAAAGGGCAGUCGCUCCGAGUCAAGUUACCGCAUGUCAGCGACGGAGAUCCUCAAGAGCCCCAUCUCUCCUAAAUCUCCUGGAGACUCCCUGAUGGAGUCGCCAAGACAGCCCGAGGAGCCCGCCUCUCCCCUGCAACAUCAGCAGCACCAAUCAGGACCAGAUCAGCUCUCCAGUCCCUAUCCCAAAGCCAACGCUGAGGGCUUCUCCCCGAAAUCCUUCUCCACAUCCGCAGCUUCCAGGCAGGGCCGCUCCAGAAUCCCCCCACCCGCCAACAGCAGCCGAUACGGCAUGCGCAGCAGACUGUACUCAGCGCCCAUGCAAGCGAUCUCUGAGGGCGAGACAGAGAACUCAGACGGGAGUCCUCAUGACGACCGCUCAUCACAGGGCUCCACGUAGGAAACAGAGUAGAGGUGUCGGAAGGUAUGAAAUUAUUUUGUUAGUUUACAGUGAAAAAAAAACAAAAUGGACCAGAAUGAGUUCUAAUAUAUAUGAGAUGUGGUGAGGUUAAUGUUAACGUAUGCAGAACAGUAGGGAUUUUGUUUAAGAAAAUAAUCAUGAAUUUACUAAUUGUGGCUGAGUUUUAUAGAUGUUUCCUUUUGGUUAUUCUGUGGAUACUUUAAACACUUUUACCUGUGUUCAAAAAUAUUUUAUACACACAGUAGCUCUAAAGAAAUAUCCUCAUGAUCUGAACACGGAGCAUUAGAAACAGGGAACCAGCUUAGUUAGAAACAUAUAGAAAUCAUGAGCAAAACAUUUUACAGAAAACUACUCUUUGGUCAGUUUGUGGCACAAACACGUACAACUGGUUGCCGUUAGUCCUGCUAUAGUAUAUUAAAGGGAUAGUUUGUCUCUUUUGAAAUGGGGCUGCAUGAGGCACUUAUACAUAGUCAGUGUGUUACCUACAGUAGAUGUCGGUCGGCACGCUCCAGGUUGGAGAAGCAGACAGGAGCACUGACACAGAAGCAAAGCAGUGUACUGCUGUGGACAGGGGCAGCAGCAAAACGUAUUUCAGUCACCUAAAAUAUUCAAUGUCAGUUUAAGUGUGCAGUAUUUUUAGAGUAUUUUCACUGCCAACGGGGGAAUGUUAACAGCUUCACUUUCCCAUCUAUGCUCUCUUCAAAGCCACCAGACUCCAUUGAGAAAAACAGUAAUUUAACAUCACUGAACACAGGAGUUGCUCGUCUACUGCUGCCUUGAUCAGUUAGUGUGUUUGUGUUACUGUGUGACCUUGGUGCAUCUGAACUAACCAAAGUCACAAAUUAACACUAACUAACUAACCAAUUGAGGCAGCGGUAGACCAGCAGCUCCUGUGUUCAGUGAUGUUAAAUUACUGUUUUUCUCAGUGAUGUCUGGCUUAAGUCCCCCCUGAGAGAUGAAUGUCUGACAGUAAAGAAAGAUAGCCCUGGUCUCGGUCUCACUCCCAACUCAUCAAAAACUGAGGUUUGGUCGGUGGCUCAUCGGCGUCAGACGCUGACACACUGAGGCACCCUUUAGUGGUGUUAUGAGAUGCCCCGGGUGGCAGCAUCCAUCAAGCGUGAGAAAGUCGACUUGGAGCAGACAGGAGGGGAGGUGAGGGGAAUUUAUGGUACUCUGUAUUUACCCAGGAGACCGCCGUUUGUGUCCCGUGUGAAACCAAAAGUCAAUCAAGUUAUUUUGAAAACAACAUAGGGUGCUAGUAGCUGUAGCAUACUACGCUAGUGAUGUAUACUAUAUGAAGUUAGUAACAAACGUACUUAUUUGCUUUUGUUGACUAAACCUGAGGAAGAAAACCUAAAAACUAAAGUUUUUUUAACCUAUAUUCAAAGUUUAUUUUGAAAAAGACUAUGCACUGAAUGCGCAAAAACUGUGCAUUUCCUGUGAAAACAGAAGUUUAUUUUGAAAAGAGAUGAGCGUGAAUCGACACGCUGCCCCUGAACAUCCAAAACUGAGGCAGGUGGGUACAUAGGGGGUCAUAUGUUGACAUGGCAGGCCACUGACAGAGCAUUUGUAUUUGAUGAGUUGUGAGUGAGAGUGUGUUUUCCUGUCUGCUUCUCCAAACUGUUGCUGUGCCGACCGCCUUCUCCUGUACGUAACACACUGACUGUGGUUCAGUACCGCAUACAGCCCCUCUUCAAAAAGCCCAAACUGUCCCUCUAAUGUUAAAUAUUAGUCAGAUUUCUCUAGCAUUUUGAAGCAACUCUCACAGUUUGACAUUUUUAUCUUGUAAAAAUAGAAUAUAUUAGAUUACCUGUAUGUAUUCUGUGAAUACCUAUGCAACUAGACACACACACUUUUAACAUGUCUUCAAGCCAGUUAUAGAAAUAACUUUUGAUACUCCCUCACUGAUCAUCAGGACAAACACUGUGUAAGAAACAGCAGUGGAAAUAAAAUGUGAAGCCUCAAAGCAUCUCUUCAUACUGAUGACGUGUUUGUAUAUUUUACACAGUCCUUUUAACAGCGUGCUGUAAAUUAUAUCAAAGAUAAAUUACUACUACAACAUUUUAAAAUUCUCACGCAAUAAGAUGAGUAAUUUGAGGUGAGACAGGAAACGUCAAAGCCAAGCACUAACUCGACAAUCUUAGGAGACGUGAAGGGAGCAGGUGUUUAAACAUGGGAGACGAAAAAGUGAUCAAAAAGUCAGAGGUGGGGAAACAGGAGGGCUGUAAAAGAAAAAAGGAGGAUCAUGGAGUUUUUUAAAAACGUGAUAAUGGUCAUUUCUGGUUUGCUGAUUCAGUGUGUUUAUGAAUCGUUGAAAGGGGCAGAAAGUGGAAAGUGUUCAGGAGGAUCAAAUAUGCCUUAUUUUAAUCUUAACAAGAGACAGUAAGUGACGAAGCAGCGAGAGCCUCAGCAAGUGGAGUGUUAGUGAGAUUCUUUUGAUGGAGGAUGAAAGAGUAGGUUAUCAUUCUGGAUUUAGGGAUGUGGCAUUUGCUACUGUUUCGUACCAAAUGCUCGUCUUUUGGUACAGAGCCCGACCGCUACUCGAUUUUUAAAAACUAUGUACAUACGCAUGUGUCCAAUUACUCCUCAAGUUUAACAAUAAACUUAAUUGUCAAAAAUUAUAAGCUUCAUUGGGAAUUUAAUAACACUGAAUAAGGAAAACUUUUCAUAUCAGUGCAUAUUGGACAACAUAUAUGCUGAUACCAAUAUGUCAGUAUUCAGUAUCUAUAUGUCGGUCGGGCUCUACUAUUUUAUUCCCCUUCAAAAAUAUAACCUGCCACGGUUUUGUAUUUUCUGUCGCAACAAUCUAAAUAUAUUUAUUUUUAUAAAUGAUGCAGAAAAUCUCCGUACACUCCCUGAUUUGGUUUACACCUUUAGAUAAACUAAAAAUGACAUUUUUAAAUGCAAUGAAUUGCUGGAAUAACGUAUUUUAUUCAGAUAGUUAUUUUAUUAAUAAGAGACGAAUUCAUUUUUAAUCUUAUUUCAGACACUGAAACACUGAGACAAAUAGGAAAGCAACUCCUUAGUGUCAUUAGAAGAUGGCAUGAGCAGUCAUAAGCUACAGGUGUACUGAGCUUGAACAGUGACGGGAAGUUUUGGCAUUGAAAGGUAGAAUUUGACGUUGAAAAGGGAAACACGGGCAUUAAAACAGAUUUUUGUUUUUAGAAGACAGACGACUGGUUGCUCUGUAUGUCCUCCUGAGACCCUGUGUCCUCAUACGUGACCUUUCACCUGUUGUCCUCAAUUGUGGACACGUUUUGUGCCAUCUAGUGGUAGUAAGAGCACAAUACACUAAUCCAUGUAAAACCAAGAUGGCGGCCAUCUCUGCCAAGUUAGUCUGCAGCUGAUCCUGACACAAAAGUGGACAAGGUCCAAAACCUGAUCACAUUUUAUGGUUGAAACGUGUUUAUUUAUGAUUAAUAAUGUUCGUAGUUUGAUAUGACAACAAAUUUGACCAAUUUAAAGACAUUGGGAAUUUAUUAUUGUUGACGUUUCAUUUUAUAUACUUAUGAAGUCCCACUGAUCCCAAAUAGCUUGGAGAAAUUAAAAAAGCAUACCAAACAAAAGUUCACGUCUCAGGAGGAUAUACAAAUGUAGAUCAAAACCUCGUGUCAGGUGCUCGUGGAGAAUGGGAAACAACUGGAUUGACAGGAAGACAAUUCAGGCACUCCGCAGUGGUCGAAUAAUGUUGGCUCUCUAAAUGAUUUAGCCUCUACAACAAAGGCUUUUUAAUAUUUCCCUGCUUUUUGUAUAUUUUUUCGGAGUGCCUGGAUUGUCUUCCUCGCAAUUUUUGUUUUUAUUUUUAUUCUGGAGUCAUUCUUUUUGUCAUUGUCAGUUUUUCUCUACACGAAAACAGUGACAGAAAGUUGAAACUGAAAAGAAUAGACUGAACAGCCGUCAUUGUAAAAACCUCCGACACAAUCAGAAUAUUGUUACUGGAAAACAUCAGAAUGCAAAAAAAUAUCAAAAUAAAGUCAUUUUCAGUGCCUGUGUUUUAUUUUUCUGUACCAAAACUUGCUGUCACUGCUGCAGCUCCAUACUAGUGAGGUUUAGUUGUAACCCUGGCACUCUUCGUCCCACGUAUUCACAAUAAUAUUAUAAGUAUAUAGAUGCAGCGAUGGUGCUCAGCCAUUAUGCAAAAGUAUCUCUGUAGCCAUAUUUCUUCCCUUUAGGUACACUGUAAAUAUCAACUUCAUUUUGGCCUUAAUGACACUCCGUACUGAUGCAACGUCAUGUAACAGGGUACACAAAGGGUUACGUCUGUGAACCUUCAUUCCAACCUUCUUUCUUUCUUUUUCUUUUUCUUUUUUUGCACUGAUAAAGUGAUGUUUGUGAAGUUUCAUCUGUCUCUUGCUGUACCUGGAGGUAUUUAUAGACCUUUACAUGGAGCUGUUUGACUUUCCUUGAAUAAUAUCCACACUCUGAGUACGCUUUAGGAGUGGAGUAGAUGCUUCUGCCAAAGGCUAGGACGUGCACACGUUAGCAGCAUCAAACUGUUUAUCUCUUCUCGUUUACUUGACUGAAACAGAUACUAAAGAAGAAUCACAGUAACUUAUGGUACUAGAUGCAUUUCAUUUGGACUUCACAUCGACCUCUGCAUACUGUAGGUUUCAGCUUUGUAUUUUUUUUUCUUUGUACAAACGUGUAAAUACAAUAACUUUUGGAGAUGUCACAGAGGUUGUUGAAUUGUUUCUUCUGUAAAAAAAAAAGUUUACAUUGAUUUCAAACCUUUGUAUAUUUUUGAGCUGUGGAACACUUUGUCUUGUAUUUAUUUUUUAGUAAGCAUUGUGGAAAUCCCAUAGUAAAUCCUAUCAAAGCCAAGUGCUAGCACAACAGGCUGCUUAGCAAAUGUGUAUAAGAAGACAAAUAAAUGUGACUGCCU